AUUCCAAACAAUUUAUCUUCAUCUCCUCUCCCUUAAUUUACAAACUCAUCGUGACUAAUAUUUAUAGUUAAGUUUCAGGUUAGAAGUUGGGCAAAAUCAAACCUCUUCUCCUGUCUCUUACUCUUCUUCUUCUUCAUCGAAGAUUAAAAUGGAAGAUACUAUGGGUCACAAGCAUCAGUUGCAGAAGUCGGUCAAGAGCCACAAUCACCUUGGCAGCGGUGGAUUACGUCGACCUGGUGCACCUCCUCUCAGAAAUUUGAACUAUAAUACAAGGCAAAUGCAGCAAAACAAUUGGCAAAUGAGUAAAGGAGUGGACCGAAUGCAAGCAUUUUUCUUGGUUUCGCCGGGCCGUGCAUCUUCUGGCACUGGAGUAUUUUUUCCGGCCAUCGCUUCGCAUCCCCCAACCAAAAAAACAGAAAUUCGUGAAGAUGAUUCGGAGAAGGAGAAGGAGAAGGAGAGCGAAAUGGUGGAAACUCCCUUUGAUUCGCUGGAGAAACUUCUUCCGGAGGAAUGGACUUAUUAAUGACCAGACCUUGGUGCCGUUGACCAAUUGUACUCAUUAAUGCAAAGAAGUAGAGUCAAAUAAAAAGAAAAGGAAAAGGAAAGGAAAGAAAAGAUUCUCGUAUCGUGUAUGUUUCGUUACCAUUGGGUUAGUAGUAAUAAUAAUGAAAAAUAAGAUCAACCCGUUUGUGACU